UUAUGUAUAGCAAAGGUACGUACAGUAGCACUAUGGCGACAGUACGUGCAGCGGCUAUAUGUGUUCUAACAGUGUGCGGUGUUCAGAUUGUUAAUGUUUUUGGAUUAUCCGCUCUUGAUGACACAAGGCAAGUAUUAGAACAAAACAAGAACUCGGAAGGGAUGUGUGCUCCAACAUCAUUCCCAAAGAUCAAAGGACCUAAAUCUAAGCAUGACCGAAUAGCAAUUAUUGGGGCAGGACCCUCUGGGAUCCACAUGGCGUAUAAACUCAAGAAGGAGGGCUACACGAACGUGACUGUUUUUGAGAGGAACCGUUACAUUGGAGGGAAGUCGAGAACUCUGUACCACCGGGGCGUACCUCAUGAGAUGGGUACCGUAUAUACACAACCCGACUAUACAGAGAUUUAUAGACUGGUCAACGAGUUCGACGCUGGACAUCUCCUCCCCAUGCCAAGUCCAACCGUAUGGGUCAACAACAAGAAGCACCCAAUACCUAUAACAAGUCUACAAAAUAGCAUCCGUGUCCUGAUGAGGCUUCGUCCAGAUAUAACCAACACAACCGUAGCAGCAGGCAUCCUUCAGCAAGCAAUCCGUAAAUACUUAGGACUUCAUAUUGGAAUGUUCGGGACCUAUGAGGGGGAGCUGAUGCCACGCCCCUGUGACGCAAUACUGUCAAAGAUUAAUAUGACUUUUCUCGACUUUCUCAAGGUUCAUCAAAUAGAAGCACUAAAAGGAAUGUUUAUGAGUGCCAUGACCGCCCAAGGAUAUGGUCACGUGGACGAAAUAUCCACCCUGUAUGGAAUGAUGUGGAUGACACCAAGAUUCCUUGAGGAAAUAGUCAAACCGCCAUUACCGGAAGUUAAAAGUGUAGUGAAAAUUUUAAGCAAAGGAUUUCAGUUUUUGUGGGCGGAAAUAUCCAGAAUAACUAACUUAAAUGUCAAAUUAUCAAGUCCAGUAACGAAAGUGUUACGUCUGAGAAACGGAUUCCUUGUAAUUUAUCGGGAUUGUGGCAACCUGCGUAAGGAAAGAUUUGAUUUUAUUAUAACCAGUCCCACGAUGAAAUUUAUGUCGAAUGUCAUCAAAUUUGAUCCCGAUGUUCGGGAACUUUUCAGACGGACAUUCAAUUAUUACUAUACAACAACUUUGGCGGAUACUGACUAUGGAGUUAACAGGGGUAAGUCGCCUCAGGAUUACUACGCGUUCAACAUGAACAGCAAGGAGAAUAACUCUGUCUGGGUACACAGGGAUUCCUAUUCCUCUCUAAAUUACAUCACUGGAGAAAACUAUACUAACGGGUUGUUUACGGACGGUCCGGACGGAAAGUACAUACAGUCAUCCGUCUAUUAUCAAUUCUCGAAACGAAGUUCACCUUGGCAAACGCUGACCCAGAAGUUAAAGGAUCAUAUUUUGAACGUAGAACGAUCCACUAAAAUAAAAAUAAUACAUCGAAUCAAAUGGAGCUACUUUCCGAGAUAUUCCGUCUCUGAUAUGGCAUCAGGGAUAUUAUGGGAUAUAUUUGAGAAACAGGGGGCACACAAUAUGUGGUAUAUAGGGUCGUCUGUGAGUUUUGAGUCCGUUAAGAGUGUUGUCGAGUAUAACAACUUAUUACUUAGACAAUUUCCUUGUAGUAACGGAAUAUAAAUAUUCAUUAUCAACUAUUUAAAUAUAAUAUUGAAAUUCCUUAUUUUUUCACAGAAAAGAAUAAAACUAUAAUUUUAUAUAUAAAAUAACAGAUGAUUUCCAAAGGGGAAAACAUUAGAAUAUCGAACAAAUGUCACUCGAAGUUCCAAUAUUUCUACCUCCUGACCUUCUUCAAGGGCGAACAUAAACGAUUGUUUCAAGUAACGUCCAUCUUGCUUUAUCGGAGGAAUAGGAAAUCUCCGACUUUCGCCCGUGAAGAAGGCCAGGAGGCCGAAAUAUUGGGACUUAGAGUGAUAUUUGUUCUAUAUAAUUUUACAGAUGCUCUAAAAUCGGUUUUUUCUUCACUUGGUUGUAUACUAAAAAGUACUAUUUUUAUAGUUAUUUCAAGGAAGAUCAUAAAGAAUGUUGAUAUCAUGUUGUAAAAUGAUUUCCCUCGCCAGUGGUGUUCGAUAAUGAAGUAUUGUUGUAAAAUAAUAUAUGUUGUUCUAAUAAUUCAAAGUGCUAAUUCAGGUGAUAUAAUGAAGUAACAUUUGAUAUUAUUUCAAACGAUUUUUUUUUAUUUAAUUUACAUGCAGUGUACUUACAUUUUUAUCGUUUUGUUAAUUUUAUGUGUUAUAAGUAAUUUAUUGAUUUUUUUUCGUUUUCAUUUUCAAUGCGAUACGUCACAUAUAACGUAAAUUUUGUUUGUUUUAUAUGCAUACGAAAAAAUAAAGAAACUGAUUCCUAAGGCAUUUUGCGUUUUCACAGCGUAAGAGGAAACCUUAUUCUCCUGUACAGCUAUUAAAAGCGAAAGGCCAUCUGCCAUACUUUUUUGUGUUAAUGACAUCAUGAACUAAUUGCUGUGUCUGCUGUUACAUCAAAAUUACAAGUGUACAUGUGUUAAUGAUGACGACACACAUACUUGUGAACUUAUAUUAUGACGUCAAAAUUCCAUUAUUAUUCAAAAUAUCCAGACGCCUGGGCCGGUAUAUGAAACCGUUAUCAUGCUCAACCUCCGAGUCUGUGAUCAAGUACAAUUUCUUGUUUCGGUAACAAACAAAUAAAAAGUCACAUUUUGUCAGUUAUUUUGAUGUGGUUUUGAUAGACUUAGGGCCAAUUACCAUUUUCAUUUUCAGAUUUUACAAAAUGACCGGUUUGUCAGUGUCAAAUGAUUAUAGAUUAUAGCGAGGUACAAGAAAGGUAUUUUGAACACAUGCUUGAGCACGAGAAAGGUUUCAUAAACACGUGGCCAGAAGAACCUUUCUUGUGAAAGGCUUAGAUACAUUCACAUUAAAAAUCAUAUCCGUAUAAGCUGCCAACUGUUUUGUAUAUUUGUGAAGAAUAUAUGUCGCAAUAAAACUUAAUAUUUACAAACUUAACAUUCCGUUUCUCAUUUUAUAAAUUACUAUAUAACAGAUGAGUUAAUUGAGGUAUUCAAUGAUAAUUCCAUUUAUUUUAUUGUGAUCACUUUAUGAAAAAGAAUUCCAGUGAAUAUAUAUAUAUAUAUAUAUAUAUA